GUUCCUCCGCACUAUAUAAGUUGUGAAUCGGUUUAAAGGGUUGGGUUAGGGUUAGGCUACUUGUUCAUUAUUCGGUAUUCAUUCGCCCCUUAGACCUAUACUUCCGAUCGGGAAUUCUAAAGUCGUUCCUAUACGUUGUCUCUACUAAUAAGCUGCCGCCAGGUGGCCAGUGUGUAACCACCAUUGGCUAGUUACGGCCACUCUCUGGGAAUGUAAUGCAAACGAGUUGUUGAGACACUAGAGUCUCUCUAGAGGUUGUGUAUACAUGACGUAUGUUAGUUAGUUUCAUUCAAUUGCUUCGGUCGGACGGGUUGAGCAGAUCUUGGUUGCAGUGCCACAAAAUCGGAGAUUUAAAACAGCCUUUAUUUCUAAUCUCUAUGAUAUCCAACCCUGGAGAUAGUGUUACCGCUACCGUACAGACGAUGUAAAUAUGCAUUUUGCUCUUAAAGGAAACUGGUGGCCAAUUGCUAUCUUGCUCCUCUCACUACUACAAGUCGACCAAGCAAUUUCAGACCCAUGCGGUGCUGUAAAGACCGAGUUAACUGCCGCAACAAAAGCUAGAGACGAAUGUUUAGCUAAGGUGCAGAAAACAUCAGAUGAAUCAUGCGAGGGCUCAAAAGUUGCGGUCAAUCUACGAGAGUCUUUGAAGAAGAAGGAUGAGAGCCUCAAUCAGUACGUGAAGAAGAAUUCAGCACUGAAUACCGAGCUUUUGGAAUGUCAAGAAAUCAACAACAAUAAUAAGGACGAAUUGCAACAGCAUGAAAAGAGGAAAGCGCUCCUGGAUAAAAGGUUGAUGGCUACUAAAGAAAAGUUGACAAAAUGUGAAGACCAGGUUACUGAAUUUGGCCCAGAUGAUGCCACCGCUGCUCAGCAAGAGAUAGUUUUCCUCCAUAAACAGGUGAAAACCCUCCAGGACACUAACGCAGUACAAUACAUGACGAUUGGAGAAGUGCAGAAAAGUUUGAAUGAGCUUCGUAUCAUUGAUGCUGUCUGCCAGUCAAAUUACACUAAUCUCGAAAAGGAUCAUGCCAACUGUAACAUGUCACAGGGUGCCAUUGCUCAAGAUUAUGAGAUAUUGAGGACUCUUUUGGAAUAUAGGAAUAUAAUCCUGAGUGUGGUCGGAACAUUCCUAGUUGGCCUUCUGUUAGUCUAUACGUGUAUCUGUUAUGGGCAUGGACACCACCCUCCCCCACACAUCCAACAAGACCAAGAGGAGUUCAAAAGACAAUUCAUCCGUGCCACCUUGCCUAUUACAGGAGUACCACAGGCAAUUGGCAUGCAUGGAGGUGCACCUCUUUUUGAUGUAACUUUCGUUCGUCCGGAGACGGUAGACCACCAGAUUUGGUUGAAGCAGAUCGAGCAAAACCUCGCACCGCAUGAUGUGACCGUUAACCCACAGAAGUUAACUGAGUACGAUGCACAUUGUCCACCACCGAGCAAAUCGGUGAUCUUCAUGUCAGUAAAGCCAGAGGGAUCGAAAUUCUUCUGCAUCAACCAGGCCAAGAAGGAAUAUUUCCACAUUGCCGACAACAAAGAGUUGAUUGAAUAUGCAGAGAAGAAAUAUGAGAGGGGUGAUUAAAUAUACAAGGACGCUCACAGAUUAGGAACACUGGUCUUGUCGUUGCCAAAGUGACAAACUUCAGUUCGUCAGUCUACUGUCGCCAACUUGAGCUGUCUUAAUUUACAUUCAUCAUCAUCAUCAUAUCUAUUUCUAUGCUUAUAAAUUGUUUUCCUCCAGUCGAUACUUUGUGUUUUCACCUGAUAACCUUAUAUUAGCCAAGCCUAUUCUUUUGUAACAAUUUCAAGUAUGUAUGAGUAGCUUCGCAAAUCUGAAAUUGGUCAGGGUUGAUUCAAAUGGCGAAUUUCACCUACCAAUAUUGAAAUUAGACUUAUACACGUACUGACGUGGUAGUAUGCUAGCAGCUUGUUGCUGUAUAUAUGUUAUAAAUAAUGGAAAUUUCGUUGUGUUUUGCCAUUAAUCAAUAAUCUGUCAUCUUGACGUACAAGUGUUUGACACUGUUUUUACAUGUCGGACAUCACUCUUAUAAACCAAAGGAAGUUGUACUGUGGGGGCUAAAGCCCCUCGAGAGGAUUUUGGACCCAAAGGCCCCUUAUAGGGUCAAGUCCCCCAACCAUUCUGGGGGGGGGGGGCUUUAGCCCUCCACCGUACAACUUCAUGUGCUUGCAUGUAUAUGGGAGCUCAUGAUGUAACAUUUUGUAACGCCACAGUGAUAAUGGCGACAUUUCUAAUAAAAUGUAAUUGGUCAUAAAUUAUAAAGGUUUA